AUGACAUGGUUGCGUGUUGCAUGCGGCAGGCGCGACGGCGUGGCGGCGAGCGUGGCGCGCGCGGCGCUGGCGCGGCUGCCGGCGCGCCGGCGCUGCCCGCAGGCGCUGGCCGCCUGCCCCGUGCCCAGCAACGUCACCGAGCCUCGCGCCAUGUUCAUAGCCGAUCCGGAUCUGCUUGCGGAGAAUCUGUCCACGAUCGUGCUGGGGUGCGCCGUGGACGUAGCGAGCGGGCCAAUGCGCGCCGCGCUGCCCACGCUGGCGCCGGCCGAGCAAGACCUGCUGCGUCUGCUCGUUCGCCUCCACUUUGGGAGGACGUAUAUCAAAGCUCAAUUUAAAAGCCUGCCCGCCACCUAUCCUGAGUAUCGCAUCAAGGUUACGAAAACGGCCCGCACGGUGGAGUGCAAGAAGUGGUGGAAGGGAGAGAUGGUGGUGGUGGAGCUGAGCGAGCUGCACCCGCUGGAGCCGCCCGAGGUGCGGGCCGUAGGCGGCUGCGAGACCGCCGCUGCCGCACUUCGAUCCGCCAUCGCGGAACUGCCCGCCUGCGAACGCCACAGCCGCUGGCUGGCGAAGGCGCUGGCCGCCUGGGUGCCCAAGUUCGCGUAGCGCCGGCGUCCGCAGCACGCGCUCAAUUUCGAUCUAAUCGUGCCAUUAUCUCCAUGAUAAUAAAAUAACA